CAAGCACAGAGCUGGGCCUGGCACUACCAGGAAGAGGCUUUCCUCGGCCGAACAAACCCGCAUCGAUGGGCUCCGCCGCCGAUUCAUUCUCCAUCCCAUCGCCGACGACCUAUCCGAUGAAGAGCCGCGGCGCCGCCGUAGAAAGCGCGACGCUAGCCGUAGACUGGCGCUCCGUGUUCACGGGCGGCGGCUUGGAGGCAGAUCUGUCGCCACCGGCAACCGUCGCUGUCACCGCUAGCUCUGCGCGCUCCGCCUCUUCGCCAGCGCAUCCCACGAAGAAAGGCGGCGGCGAACGCGUGGAAAUGGACUGGGGUUCCAUGUUCAGGGCAGGGCGCGCUGAGCCGCCGGAGGCCGAGCUCUCGCCGUCCGCGCCGGCCACCGUCGCCAUGAAGUGUGCCGAUUGCUUCUCCGUCACUUCGCCGGCUCGUACGACGAAGAAAAGCCGUGCACUCCAGUCUAUAGACUGGAGUGGUAUGUUCAAGGCCGAAAGCGCACAGCCACUGGAAGCUGAGAUCUCGCCGCCGGCAACCGGCCCUGUCGCCCCAAGGUAUGCACACCCCGCCGAUUCCUUCUCUGCCUCUUGUGCGACGCCCCUGAAUCGUGGCGCGAGUGGAGAUGUAGACUGGAGGGCUCUGUUCAAGGCCUCUUCACCACCGUGCCCCCUGAAGAAACGCGGCGCACCCGUGAAUAUGGACUGGAGUGGCAUGUUCAAGGCCUCAUCACCACCGCAUUACAUGAAGAAACACAGUGCAUCAAAGGAUAUAGAUUGGACUGCCAUGUUCAAGGCCUCAUCGAUGUCACGUUCCAUGAAGAAACCUAGUGCAUCAACGGAUAUAGAUUGGACUGCCAUGUUCAAGGCCUCAUCGAUGUCACGUCCCAUGAAGAAACCCAGUGCAUCAAAGGAUAUAGAUUGGACUGCCAUGUUCAAGGCCACAUCGCUGCCGCGUCCUAUGAAGAAACCCAGUGCAUCAAAGGAUAUAGAUUGGACUGCCAUGUUCAAGGCCACAUCGCCGCCGCGUCCUAUGAAGAAACCCAGUGCAUCAAAGGAUAUAGAUUGGACUGCCAUGUUCAAGGCCUCAUCGAUGUCACGUCCCAUGAAGAAACGCAGUGCAUCAAAGGAUAUAGAUUGGACUGCCAUGUUCAAGGCCUCAUCGAUGUCAUGUCCCAUGAAGAAACGCAGUGCAUCAGCGGAUAUAGAUUGGACUGCCAUGUUCAAAGCCACAUCGCCGCCGCGUCCUAUGAAGAAACGCAGUGCAUCAAAGGAUAUAGAUUGGACUGCCAUGUUCAAGACCACAUCGCCGCCGCGUCCUAUGAAGAAACGCAGUGCAUCAGCGGAUAUAGAUUGGACUGCCAUGUUCAAGGCCACAUCGCCGCCGCGUCCUAUGAAGAAACGCAGUGCAUCAGAGGAUAUAGAUUGGACUGCCAUGUUCAAGGCCUCAUCGAUGUCACGUCCCAUGAAGAAACGCAGUGCAUCAGCGGAUAUAGAUUGGACUGCCAUGUUCAAGGCCACAUCGCCGCCGCGUCCUAUGAAGAAACGCAGUGCAUCAGCGGAUAUAGAUUGGACUGCCAUGUUCAAGGCCAGAAUCGCAGAGCCACCCAAGGCCAAUCUCUCACCAGAGGCACCUGACCCUGUCGCCCUAAGUUCUGCAAGCUGUGCCCAUUUCAUUUCGGCCUCUCCGCGGGGGGGCACAUCUGAUGAGGAAACCUGGUGCACGGAAAGACAUUGACUGGAGAACCAUGUUCAACACUUGAAUUGCAGAGGCGCCAGAGGCUGAGCUCUCUCCACCGACACACCCACUGUCAUUCCUAGAAAAGUUAUAUCGCAGGGAGGUCCUUUAAGGAGAGAAAUGACGCCGACUCAUCCAAUCAAGAAAUGAGGAGCAUGUGUAACAUAGACUAGCAUGCUUCUCACCCCUAGUGUACCUGUUGAUUUGGUCUUGCUCAUGACCAUGGACGGUGCUUCCUUGCCUGCCCCUGAUCGAACAAUGCUCAGUUGGACUGCAAUUGUGAAGGCCUAGGUGACCAUGGACGGCGCUUCCUUGCCUGCCCCUGAUCGAACAAUGCUCAGGUGGACCGCAAUUGCUCAGUUGGCUCUAAAAAAAAUCAUUUGUAUUGUUUUCUUGAUUUUUUGGACAGUUUUCUCGGAAAGCACCAGUGUAGACUGAGCUACACAUAGCUCGAUUUUUCUGAAAAUACGAAAACAAUAUUUUAAGGUUUCAAAAAAAUCUGAAAAAAAAUUCUUUAUGUAGACAAUGUUGUGGUCUAUGUACGUGCAAAAUUUCAAAUCAAAAUACCUUAUGUUGGGGAA